AUGGCUUCCGUCACUAGUGCCAUCAAGCGAGCCUUCGCAGACUUGUCUUCCUCUUUUCAUAGUAGUGGUCAGACAACACUGGGCGGCAUUACCUUUGAGCCCAACAUACGGAUGUCAGUUGCGGAUGUCGGUAUCCUCAUUACUUUGGCUGCGCUUUCUGUGGCCACUCUCCUACUUUAUGUGUUUCGAAAUCGGCUGCAAUCCGCCCUUCCAACAUGGCUUCGGCCGUUUGCCAAAGAAGAAGGCCCUGGGCCAGAGAAACGCAAGACAUGGACCCAUUGGACCCUGAUUCUGGCAUUUAUAUCCCUUUCUGGCCUGGUUCUAUCCAUUGUGCCUAUUUGUCUGGAUCCACGAGAGCAUCGAGGCAUCCUCGACGUGGUUCCUUGGUUAGCAGCCGUCCUCAUCACGGCUUUUGACCGGCCCACCAGCACGCCAAGGAUCCUACUUCUGCAAUACUUGCUGAUAUUCAGCUCAUGUGUGGGAUUCUACUCUGCUCACUUUUUGGAGCACAAUCUUCGCUCUAUUGACCCUUACCGCAUUGCAAGAAUGGCGCUUUCUCUGUCUGGGAUUAUUGCCAUUGGCAACAUGCCACUUCGAAACCCCGCCUGGGAUACUGAGGAUAUCGGGAACCCGAAGCUCCCUCCGUCUCAUCACGUUAGAAGCCCGGAAGACAAUCUUACGCUAUUUAGCUUCUGGGCAAUGACGUGGGUAUACCCCCUAGCCAAGGCCUGUCGGAAGAAGGAGAUCACUGUGGAAGAUGUGUGGCAGUUGCCCUUCGACUUUCAACACACCCGUCUGUAUUUGGCCUUCCGGGAUCUUCAGGGCAAGCUUCUACCUUGUUUAAUUCAAGCGAAUGGCCUAGACUUGUUCAUUUCCACCACUCUUGCUGUCGUUGAGAAAGUCGCCGAGGUAUCCAACAUUCGCCUGACCAGCCGGCUUUAUAGUGCGUUGGACGAUGGCAAUGUUAAUGAGGCCAACUUUUGGUGUGCGGUGAUUCUCUGUGUUGAUGUCGUUCGACAAAUCUCUAAAACAACAUCUUCUUGGUACUCCCGCAAGGCAUAUGAAAGAUCAAGAGGCGAGACCUUCAUUGCCUUAUUUGGCAAGCUUCUUACUCGCGCUGUCCCUGGAUCAGAUGUCACUGAGAAGGGCCCUGACGAAGAUAAUACCGACAGCCCAAUCGAGCCGGACGACGAUUACCAAAGUGGUUGCUUUAGCUGGUGUGGUGGGCGCAAACAAAGACAGCCAUCGGGCUCAACACAGAGAGCCCCAGCGUCGAAUGCAAAAGUUGUCAACCUCGUUCGCGGAGAUACAUACGAAAUUUCGCAGCGCUUUUGGGACUUCCCCAAGCUCGUGUCUCAGCCAAUCAAGGUUGCAGUGACAAUCUACUAUCUCAUUGACAUCAUGGGAUGGCCAUCCUGCAUCGGCUUUGGGCUCAUGGCAGUUUUUAUGACCAGCAAUUCUCUACUUGUUCGCAAAGUUGUUCAGUUGGAGCGAUCGCGAACCGCACAUUCGGACAAGCGCGCCCAGGCUGUUGCUCAUUUUGUGGAAGCCAGCCGUCCCUUGAAGUUGAAUGGCUGGACGUCCUCAUGGAGUGCGAGGAUCUUCAAAUUCCGAGCAAUGGAGAUGCUAAAGAGACUUCAGAUAGCACGAGUAACAGCAGCGAUAUCCACGAGUAACGUUGCCGGUGGUGCUGCCUAUCCCUUUGCCAGUAUCUGCUUGUACACCCUCAUACUUCAACAGGGCCUUCCAAACGAUGUCAUUUGGCCCUCUCUCCAACUCUUUAGCCAGUUGGAGGCCAGCGUAAAGGAAGCCUUUGAUCUGAUAUCUGCUUAUUGGAAGGCAAUCAUCCCGGUGGAGCGUGUAAACAAUUACAUGGAAGAGCCAGAUCGUGACGAGACCUCGCUAGGCACCACCGACACCACCGACAUUGAAUUCCGUGGCGCCUCAUUCGCCUGGCCCUCCACCAAUUACUUGGUGCUGUCCCAACUCAAUCUCAAGUUCAGCACUGGGCUCACAGUAAUCCGGGGCAAGGUUGGUUCUGGAAAAUCCAGUCUGUUGUUGGCGGCCUUGAACGAGAUGGAACUUCACGGAGGUGAUCUUCUUAGGCCAGAUGAACCCGUGGGGUAUGCGCAACAGCUUCCGUGGCUGCAAAACAAAACAAUACGAGAGAACAUUGUUUUCCACCAUCGGUUCGAUGCCGCCCGAUAUCGACAAGUUAUUCACGCCUGUGCGCUUGCGCCUGACCUCGGCGCCUUCCCAGAUGGCGAUCAAACUAAGCUAGAAGAAGGAGGUGUUGGAUUAUCGGGUGGACAAAAGGCUCGAGUUGCUUUGGCUAGGGCCGUAUACAGUCCAUGCCGAAUUCUUCUAUUGGACGACCCCCUCGCUCCCUUGGACCACGAUACUGCAAGCAAUAUUGUUCGUCGCUUGUUGCAGGGGCCGCUGGCAAAAGAACGCACAAUUGUCAUGGUAACGCACCGAGACGACUUGGUCUUUCGUAUUGCAGAUCAAGUCAUUGACAUGGAAGAUGGGUUUGCUCUGAAGCUAUCAGAAGCGGAAAUCAAGAAUGAACUAGAGCACCCGUAUCACGCCACAUCUCAAGACACGAUUGUUGAGGACUCUGAACCCAGCCACGAAGUACACGGCGAAGAAGAUGCGAACUUGCAGGAGGCACCUGAAGAGCCCUCUGAGACGGGCAGUGUACCUCUCACGAUCUAUCUCAACUAUAUGAAGGCUGGCGGUUGGUAUAUGUGGGGAUUUUUAGCUCUGUUCUAUGGGAUUUCGAGAUACUGUGACAUCUCUCGAGCUUCAUUGCUCGAGGCAUGGGGAAAUGAAACUGCAAAAGAGCGAAUCCUCAGCACAAAGGGAUAUUGGGGACUCCCAAGUCCAGAGAAAUUUCCACGGAUCUGGCUUGCCGUGCUCGGUGGCCUCUCACUUGGGCAAGUUUUGGCAUAUGCAGUUGCCCAAUUAUUACUUGCCAAAAUUUCUGUCGAUGCCGCUCAGGGCCUCUUCAAGAUUGCUGUUGACCGAGUCAGCAGAGCUACAUUCCGAUACCAUGAUACGACGCCCACUGGCCAGCUUAAAAACAGACUCAUAUCCGACAUGGGAAUGGUGGAUGGCGGAAUCCUCGCGCCACUGGAAGGCUUUGUCUACAAUUUCAUUGCACUGGUUCUCAGCAUUGUCGCCAUAACGACACACCAGCCGAUGCUUCUGAUCAUUCUAGGAACUGUGGCCAUUCUCUUCGUUUACUUCUUUAGAAUAUACGUACCGGUUUCAAGAAGCUUACGACGCAUGGAAAUGCGGUAUCUAACACCUAUUAUCGCCAACAUUGGUGUUAUGCAGGAUGGUCUGGUGACCAUUCGAGCGCUUCGAGUAGAAGAGCGAUUCCAGGAUCGCCAUUUGGAUGCGGUGGAUGACUUUCAGAAACAGGAUCACUUUUUCUGGAGCAUGGCCUUCUGGCUUGACUUCCGCCUAAGCAUAUCCUCUGCCUGCACCCGGGCAGCUCUGAUCAUUUUCAUGAUAUGGCGCGGGACUCCUGCGAGUGCCAUUGGUUUCGUUUUGACGCAAACGACAAUUGCGAUGGCAUCCAUCCAACAGCUUUGCGAGAAGUUCGCACAACUCCAACUAGAUGCAGUGUCGUUGGAACGAGUCAACAUGCUCAACAAGAUUCCAGAAGAGCCAAAUGGCGAUGACGAGCCCCCUAAAGACUGGCCACGGCCUUGCGAUGAUGUCAAAUUCGAGUCCAUGUCCUUCAAAUACGCAGAGGACCUACCCGCAGUUCUUGAAAAGGUGACCUUCGACAUACCCGGAGGUUCUACGUGCGCGGUGCUAGGACGAACUGGAUCUGGAAAGUCGACAAUUGCCAACGCACUACUCGCGACAGAGACAGCCUCAGAGGGGACGGUCAAGAUUGGAGGCAUGGAUCUUGCCAAAGUCAAUCGGACUACUCUUAGAAAUCGCGUCACCUUCAUUCAACAAGACCCAACAUUGUUUCCAGGAACUCUGCGCGAUAAUAUCGACCCAGAGGGUAAAUUCUCAGACAACGAGUGCGAAAACGCAAUUCAUCGUGUUCUCGGCAAGGAAUGGGGAUUGGCGUCUCAAAUUGACGCAGGCGGUAAAAACCUCAGCCAGGGGCAACGGCAACUGGUUGGUAUCGGACGCGCAGUGUUGCGUAAGAGCGGUCUCGUUAUAUUGGAUGAAGCGACGGCAUCAAUUGAUCGUGGAACCGCAGCCACGGUCCAACGUAUUCUAAGAGAGGAGCUCUCGAAGAGCACAGUUAUCACCAUUGCCCAUAGGCUCGAGGCUGUUGAGGAUGCCAAUUGGUGUCUCCGCCUCGAGCGAGGCCGGGUUCUCAAUUGCGGCCCUGCAAAGGAUCUUAAUGGGAAGCCUACCGAUGAGGAAUAG